GCGGGCGGGGCGGAGCCGACUCUCGGGCCUGGCUUCGGCUCACCUCACCGACGGGGGCCGGAAGUCUUGGCCCGGCUCCGUCUGCCCCUCGGGAACCCGGACCAAGCGCCGAGCCUCGCCCCACGGGGCGGCCAGGCCCGGGCUUGCUCCUGCGCGGGCGAACUAUGAAGCGUAUGGGGACUCUGCGCCUGCUUUCGGACCUCAGCCACUUUAGCGGCGUGGCCCGGCUCCGGGAGUUGCUGGCCGGGGACCCAGCCGUAAGAGUCCGCUGCAGCCCAGACGGCCGCCACCUGCUGCUCCUGCGACCCCCGGGGGCGCCGAGCCCGCAGCUGCUGGUCGCGGUGCGGGGCCCCGGCGCGGAGCUGGAGCGUGCCUGGCCGGCUGGCCACCCCCCACCGCUAGAUGCCUUCUUCCUGCCGUGGCCGGCGCGACCGGCGCUGCUCCUGGUCUGGGAGAGUGGCCUAACCGAGGUGUGGGGCGCGGGAGUGGGGCCUGGCUGGCAGCUGCUGCGGAGCACCGAGCUGUGUCCGGGCGGUGGAGCCCGCGUGGUGGCCGUGGCGGCGCACCGAGGCCGGCUUGUGUGGUGCGAGGAGCGUCAGGAUGGUGCUGAGGGCUGGCUGGGGCCGCCUGCUGCUUUCAGCCACUACGUGUGCGUCCGAACCCUGGAGCCCAGCGGGGAGGCCGGCACCAACCUGGGCCCCACACACAUCCUGCUGCGCCACUGCCCCCCUUUCGGGCUGUUGGCCUCUCGCAAGGACCUCUUCCUGGUGCCCACUGCCACUACCUGGCCUGGCGUGAGUCACAUUCUGCUAAUCUGGAGCCCAAGCAAGGGCAAGGUGAUGGUGGCUGCCCCAUGUCUUGGCCUCUCCCACAGUAAGAGCCUGAAUCCCGGACGAGGGGACACAUGGGACUUCCGGACACUGCUCCGAGGCCUUCCUGGGCUGCUGUGCCCCAUGAAACCCUUGACUGUACAUACCUGGGCCCCAACUGCCCAGGGCCUGUUAUUGCUUGACUUCAGGGGCGCUGUGAGCCUGGUGCAGUCCCAUGGUGGUAUGCGGGCCGUGGGCACACUGCAGGAGGCACCUGUAGGCCUGGCAGGCUCUGCUGCGCUGGGAACAUUUCAUGGGACUCUGGCUUGUGUGCUGGGCUCCACGUUGGAACUGCUGGAUAUGGGCAGCGGGCAGCUGCUGGAGAGAAAGGUCCUAAGUACAGACCGAGUACAUUUACUGGCACCCCCAGCCCCUGGCAUGGAGGAUGAGGAAGGGCUGGAGACCCGAGGGGGUCUUCGUUUGCUUUCAGCCUUGGGUCUGUUUCGAGUAGGCUGGGAAGCCCCACCACAGGGUCUUGAGGUGCCUUCAGCCGAAGACCUGGUGUUUGAGGAGGCCUGCGAGUACUACCAGCGACGGAGUCUGCGGGGUGCCCAGCUCACCCCAGAGGAACUGAGACACAACAGCACAUUCCGGGCACCUCAGGCCCUGGCCUCCAUUCUCCAGGGACAUGUGUCCCCGUCUGCACUGUUGACCACACUGAGGGCUGAGCUUCGAGAUUACCGGGCCUUAGAUCAGCUCAAAGCCCACGUGGUGGCUGGGGAUGAGGAGGAGGCUGGCUGGACUGAGCUGGCAGAGCACGAAGUGGCACGCCUGCUGAGGACCGAAUUGGUGGGAGACCAGCUGGCCCAGCUCAACACCGUUUUCCAGGCCCUUCCUACAGCAGCCUGGGGUGCCGUCCUCAGGGCCCUGCAGCUCCAGCCAGACGGGAAUGGCCGGCUGAGGUCCCAUGCUCCCCCUGAUGUGUGGAAGAAGGUACUAGGAGGCAGUUCAGCUGGAAAGGAACCCCCCAAUGGGAUACUGCCCCCCUUUGAACUUCUGUGCCAGUGCCUCUGCCGGCUGGAGCCGCGAUGGCUGCCGCCCUUUGUGGAGCUGGCGCAGCAGCAGGGUGGGCCUGGCUGGGGUGCAGGGGGCCCGGGGUUGCCCCUGUACCGUCGAGCCCUGGCAGUCCUAGGGGACGAGGGGACCAGGUCCGAGGCACUGGAGCUGGAGCUGCUCUUGGGCAGUGGGCGGCCCAAAGCUGUGCUCCAAGCUGUGGGGCAGCUGGUCCAGAAGGAGCAGUGGGAGCGGGCUCUAGAGGCAGGCCUGGGCCUCGGCCCUUCCAGCCGCCUGCUUCGAAGUGAGAUCUUCAAGCUGCUGUUGGCCGAAUUUGCCCGGCAUCGUCGGCUUGAUGCUUACCUCCCUCUCCUUUGCCGCCUGUGCCCACCAGACCUAGCUCCAGCUGAGCUCCUGCUUCUGCUAAGGACACACCUCCCAGAUGAGUUGGCGCCCCCCACCCCAUUCCCUGAGCCUGGAACAGAGCCCCCUCUCACUGUGGGCUUGCUCCGAGCCCUGCUGGAGCAGACUGGGGCUCAAGGACGGCCCUCGGGCCCAGUUCUAAGCCUGUAUGAGGACAUCCUAUGGGACCCAGGCACUCCACCCCCCACCCCACCUCGGGGACCUGUGACUACCCUCCAGGCAUCAGACCACCCAGGCUUGGAGGCCUGGGCGCCAUCUGGACAGGGCCUCUGUGUGACUGACACAGGCUGAAAAUCAUUUCUAGGACACAGCCAUCAGGGAAGGUGCCUAGGAGUUGGCGGAGAACCAGGGUGGGACCUAUACGUGCAAUGCUUUUCUCUCUUCUGAAGCAAUUUGAAAUAUAUAUAUAUAUAUAUAUAUAUAUAUGGUAAAUAUUGUGAUACAAUAAAUAUAUUUGGUCUUUGUCCUCAGGUUAUUGUGCUGGCACAGAGCUCCUAAAACCCUUGGAAUUUCCUGAGUGAUAGGAGUGUCUUUUGUUAUUCAUAAGGAGCCUCUUUAGAUCACAUCUGCAUUUAUGGUAAUAAGGUAACUUAAGGUGGGGACCCCCACCCUAAGGAUGGGACUGGUCACCUGAAAAACCAAAUGAGAGUAUUGGAACUUUCAGCCCCAUCCCCAACAUCCUGGGAGGGGAGUGGGGCUAGAGAGUGAACUCUAUAGAAACUCCUGAAUGAGGAAAUUUGGUAAGCACAUUAAGGUUCUGGGAGGGUCCUGCCCAGAGAGGGCAUGGGAGCUGCCCACACAGCGCCCGCCUGCCCCCCCGCCCCUCAACCGCCCCUCAACCUAUGCCUUGCCCUAUGUAUCUCCUCCAUCUGGCUAUUCCUGAGUUGUAUCCUUUGUAAUAAACUCGUAAAUGCAAUUAAA